AUGAGGGCAGUCGCGGGCCUAAUAAUCUGUGCCAGGGCACUUGCCAUACACGUUUUCCGACCAACAUACCUCUCCAUGAGUUCUGACGUUGAAGAAUUACUAGGCGCGCCGGCCGCGGUGAAGCCAUCUCAGGAGUCGUUUGUUCGCGCCGUGCUCCAUAAAGUGUUGCCUGAACAACAGAGAAAGCGUGGGGAGAGAUGUUCCGAACUCGUAGUUGACGAGGUAUUCGCAGCAGUUGCCAGUUUGGUACCGGUCGACCAACAUGCGAUGUUCAGAUCUCGACUCUGUCAGCUGAUGAAUUCGUUGCGCGGGAGCUGGCAGCGUGUUCAAAGGCUUGACGAAAGGGUUGAGCCGUGCCUCGUCUUGAAGACGCCGUAUGACUGGCAGCCCUUGCCGAGGUCGAUAGGUAUAGUCGCACCACAUAACCACACCACACCGACAACACCAUGUCUGGGAGACAAGGAGCCUCAGACGCAACUGAAGGAGUUAAAACCGGCAGUGCUAUCGACAAGCGAGAUUGUUAAAGUCGUGUGGCCAGCUUUUCUCACUACUGUGGACGAUGAAGCAGUCGCACCAGACCCGGUCUGCUAUGGGUAUGUGCUUACCCGUGCUGGGGUUCAAGAUGCUGAGGACGAGGAAAAUUCGCGGAGAGCCACGCGCAGAGCUGCUCGUAGCCCAAACGGUGGAGCGCAACGGAGCAGGAGAGAUUCAGCUGUUUUUUUAUCCCGAGGGCCUUUCAACGCAUCGGAGGUCAAGUAG